AUGUCGGGAACUAACAGCUUAACACCUCCAUCGGGAGUUGUACGGAAUAGCGCCCUAUCUUUUGUUGCGCCGGCGCAGCCUCCGAUGAAUUUACCUGUUCAGUCAGGAAUCGUACCAGAUUCGGAAUCAAGAGAGAGAUUGGUGCCAGCGGGGCUGAAGGCUUUGUGCGAUGCAUAUUCACGAUUAUACCCUGACCAGCCUAACCCAUUACAAGUUACCACUAGACUUAAGUAUUGGUUAGGGGGUCAAGACCCUCUUGACUACAUCAGCAUGUAUUGGAACCCUGGAAAGCCUGAGGAGCACAUACCGCCACAUUGGCACUACGUAAGUUUCGGUCUAUCAGACCUGCACGGGGACGGACGAGUGCACGCGGUGGGCGCGAACGAGUCUGGCCUCGGGCUGGAGCUGUCGCUGCGACUAGCAGCCGAUGUGCCUGGGCCAUCUGGUACUUCCGGUGCAUCCGGAUCACCCGGUGCAGGGGAUCCGGGGCCUUCGAUCGCAGCGCCGCCACUGUGGCCCGCUGCCUUGCUGCAGGCUCUCGCGCGGUACCUCCUCCUCACUGGCAACAAGUUCUGUGCGGGCGACCAUAUCUCGUGGCACGCGCCGUUGGAUGGUGAUAGUGGGUCUCGGGUGCGUCAUCUGCUGGUGGUAGAUGACCCGCAGCUGCCCACCAUACACACUCCCCAUGGCACCGUCAACUUUGUGCAGAUGGUGGGCUGCACCAGUAGGGAGCUGAAGGCAGCUCAAAGGGGCUCUGGAUUUGAUGUGCUCAAGCUUAUCGCUGAAGAUCCGAGAUGCGGGGGAGCAUGGUGGGUGACGCGUGCGGGGCGGCGACGGAGCGUGAGGGGGGUGCUCCGCCCCCGCCUGCGGCCGGGCUCCGGGCUGCCCCCCGCUCCACUGGCUGGAGUCUCAGCAAAGCUGCGAUGGCUGCCGCUCACCCCGGACAGCGAGGAGCUGAACGCAUCACCUGGGAAUCUCAGUCCGAGUGUUGAGCAACAGAUCAAGGACACUUUGCAACGGGGACUCAGCUGCAUGGGGUCCAGCACGGAGAGGACAGACGCUGAAGGUCACAUGUCGACUGACAGCUUCGAGAUGUCAAGCAUGGAGCGAGCACUGCCGCAGAUCCCGGACUUGAUGCAGGGCUCGUGGUCUAGCGAUGAUACCAUAGAGUACUUGGAUGGAGUCCAUCUUAUACUCAAUGCUGAGGGAGCGAGCUUGCUGCCGUUGGCUAUUGACGGGCGCUUAGCUCACGGGCGGCACUUCACGUGGCGCUGGGCGGGCGCGGCCGCCACGCUGCUGCCGUGCGGCGUCGCUGCGGCGCUGCCCAGCCUCGCCACGCCCUACGCGCGCCGCGGACUCUGGCUGCAGGUGCUGAUACCCGAGCAGCUGGUGCGCGAGAUGUCGCCGCGAGUCGCGCCGCUGGCCUCCCUGGCGCUAGCAGACUCGGAGUCGGAAGCGGAGGCCGAGGGCGAGGGCGAGCCGCAGCCUCCGAAGCUUCCUCUCGCGCUGCACUGGCCCCGCUACCGUCUCAAGAUCACCGUGUUGCCGGACCACGAGCUCUUCUAG